ACUGCCCGUGGUGUCUGUUUUCAUACACACGUAGCUUUCUAAAAUAUACUCGUGUCUAACGACGAUCAUGGUUUUAUUUCGAAAAGCUGUCCCGGAAGUCUUAGGGUUUGCGUUGCACUUUGCUCGCGGAAGGAAACGAGUCGAAAACGAAAGUUGGAAGUGGUAUAGUUUAGCUUAAUCAGCGCGGCAGGCCGGUCGGCUUGUUUUCGUGUUAAAGUAACUGUGUGCUGCAACAUUUAGCCGCCUAAGCUCCGUGCCGUGCCAGUCUGCUCCAACCACAAACAUGGACCCGGACACGGAGGUCGAAAGCAUUUUCCAGAGAGAGGAUGAGGAGGACGAGGAGAAGGAGAAGUGGAAAAGGCCACCGUCCAGCUACGGUUCAAUGAAGAGCGAGAGUGACGACAUGGAGGACAACGUGGAGGAGAAGCAGGAAGCUGCAGACGUGGUAGCAAAACUACCUGAACCGAGAGCUCCCACAGGGACAGGGAUACAGAUCAAGGAUCGCUCCGACUCUCCAGAAACCCUGUACACCAUGACCACGCAGCAGACCAGAGCGCCCGGAGCUGUGGUCAUUGAUACCAGCUCUGUUGAUCUGGACUUUUAUGAAGAUGAUGAGGAAGAAGAUGAGUAUUUAAUAACUAAUUCUCCAGAACCGCCUGAGCCCAUUGAACCAGAUGAUCCAAUGCCUGACGAGAACAGCCAGCCCGGCAGGCUGCACCCAGAACAGGAUCUGCCUCAUGUCUUUAGGAAUAUUCAGAGCACCCUGACCAAGCUGUCCUGGGAAGAAAUGAUGAAAUUCAAGUCGUGGUUUUAUCAGUGGGAGGCUGACCUGAAGCUGAACCAGAUGUACGAUGGAGACAUACUGGACUUUGUAGACCGGCUGUUGGAGGUCCUCGGACAAGAUCGAGCUCUGACUCGCACAAUAACAAAUCUGGAACAUAUCAACAAGAAGCCAGAAGCAGAGGAGCUGUCAAACAUGUGUAAGAGAGCGUUGAUGCGUUUCCGCUUGCAGCAGGCUUUAGUCAGAGACCAUCAAGUCAUCCGGGAGGGAGUCAUUCAAGCUGGGAAGCAGAACUUUCUAGACAAGGUCUUUGUGGAGCCGGAGAUUUCCACCUCUGGUUGUGGAGGAAUUUAUCCCACCCAUGAUUUACGACCACCUGCGUCCCCUGUCCCGGUCCCCAGCCCUGACACCUUUGUUGGACUGAACAAUUUGAUCCGACUAAAGAAAGAUGACGGCACUCCGGUGAGGACGCUGGUGACCACAGGGCUUCCAGGAGUUGGCAUGAGUGUGUGUGUGGGAAAAUUCUGCCUGGAUUGGGCCGAACAACGGGCCAAUAAGGAUAUCCAGUUUGUCAUCAAACUUUCAUUCAGAUCUUUGUGGGUCCUGCGAAACAAACACCUCCCUCCUUCUCAGACGAUGUCCAUCAUGGAAAUCAUUGAAUAUUUUUAUUCUGACUGCAAAGACGUAAAGCCUUUCCUGGAGGAGGACGAAUGUAAAUUUCUCAUCAUAAUGGACUCAUUUGAUCGUUACCAGAGUUCUUUGGACUGGGAGAAUGCUCCAGUCAUACAUGACAACGACACUCCGGCACAUCCUGACGUCCUGGUAGUAAACAUCAUCAGAGGCACUGUGCUCCGCGGCGCCCGCCUCUGGAUCCUGGGCAGACGGGGGGCUGUCUCACAGAUACCUUCCAAGUUCAUCGAUGCGGUCACAGAAAUCCAGGGCUUCAACGAUGACAUGAAAGAGUCCUACCUGAAGAAUCGCUGGCAGAGCGAUACGGAUCUGGGAGCAAAGAUCUUGUCUCAUUUUAAGCGCCUCCCCACACUUGUCAUGGCCGCUCGCCACCCGUUUGUGUGCUGGAUGGUGGCCACGGUGUUCGAGCGUUGCUACCGUUACCGGGGCUACGGGAAGGAUCCUCCCAGACUGACGCCGUUCUACGUCAACAUUUUGAUGGUCCAGAUGAAUCGCAGGCUGCAGUUUUACUAUGACAGGAGGGAAAAUGAGCUGAAAUGGUCCACUGAAGAUAAAAACCUGGUGGUACAGUUGGGAAGGAUGGCCUUGAAAAUGCUGGAGAAGGAUACCAGCGUGUUCUAUGAAGACGAUCUGAAGGAGUACAGCCUGAAUUUGAACGAGGUGGCCGUGUUUUGCGGCAUGUGCACUGCGCUCCCCGCCCCAGCUGCCAAUGGGAGGACAGUGUACUCCUUUAUCCACUUCACCUUCCAGGAGUUCAUGGCUGCUUUGUAUGUCUUCACAAUGUUUCGCACAGAGGAGAAGAACGUCCUGGACUCUGGGAUCUUGCACUUGCCCAAGAUCUUUGCAUCCAAAGAACAAACCAAGUCCAUCGCAGGCCUGAUCCAGUGUGCGUUGGUGCGAACCUUUAACCACCCACUGGGUCACUUUGACAUGUUCCUGCGCUUUCUGUGUGGCCUGCUUUCUCCAGACUGCCAUGACAAUCAGCUCUGCGGCUACCUCUUCCGCCAGAACGCCCCUAAGGUAGGAGGGCUUGAUCAAGUACGGCGGCUGCUGGAGCAGACCAUACAGAAGGCUCCACCUGAAAGGGUGGAUAACCUGAAGGAGUGCCUUAGAGAGAUGACACAGAGCGAUGAGUGAUUCAACUCUGCGUGGUUUCAUGAAAACUUGACAUAAAUGUAAUGAACAUUAAAGUUUUUGUUGUUUGGAGUACAACAUCAAAGAUGAUGAUCCUUUUACCGUUGUACCAGACAAAAUCACGUUUUUAUGCAUUCCAGCAGAGGAGACUUGCAGUACUGCUUUAUAUUUAUAAAGUCUUACACAGAGCACUAAUAAAAAUGUAUUCACACAA